ACUGGUCCGGCCUGCUCUGCAGUCCACGGGUGGGAUGCUAUGGAAUAUGAUGAGAAGCUGGCCCGGUUCCGGCAGGCCCACCUCAACCCCUUCAACAAGAAGCUGGGCCUAAGGCACCAUGAGCCAGACGCGGGUGAGGACAGACCAGACAGCCCUGGUGAAGAGGCCCCGCCUGAGCUGCCCACCGAGGAACUGGAGUUCCAUUGUUCAGAGCGAGUGAUGGACUUGGGGCUGGCCGAAGAUCAUUUCUCCCGUCCUGUGGGCCUGUUCCUGGCCUCGGAUGUGCAGCAGCUGCGCCAGGCCAUCGAGGACUGCAAGCAGGUGAUCCUGGACCUUCCUGAGCACUCUGAGAAGCAGAAGGACGCUGUGGUCCGGCUCAUCCACCUGCGGCUGAAGCUCCAGGAGCUGAAGGACCCCAAUGAGGACGAGCCCAACCUCCGAGUCCUUCUGGAGCACCGAUUCUACAAAGAGAAGAGCAAGAGUGUGAAGCAGACGUGUGACAAGUGCAACACCAUCAUCUGGGGGCUCAUUCAGACGUGGUACACCUGCACAGGGUGCUACUACCGAUGUCACAGCAAGUGCUUGAACCUCAUCUCCAAGCCCUGUGUACGCGCCAAAGUCAGCCACCAGGCCGAGUAUGAGCUGAGCAUCUGCCCUGAGACGGGGCUGGACAGCCAGGAUUACCGCUGUGCCGAGUGCCGGGCACCCAUCUCUCUGCGUGGGGUGCCCAGCGAGGCGCGGCAGUGUGACUACACCGGUCAGUACUACUGCAGCCACUGCCACUGGAAUGACCUGGCCGUCAUCCCCGCCCGGGUGGUGCAUAACUGGGACUUCGAGCCCCGCAAGGUUUCCCGCUGCAGCAUGCGCUACCUGGCACUGAUGGUGUCGCGGCCGGUGCUCCGACUCCGGGAGAUCAACCCUCUGCUGUUCAACUACGUGGAGCAGCUGGUGGAGAUCCGGAAGCUCCGCCAGGACAUCCUGCUCAUGAAGCCGUACCUCCUCACGUGCAGGGAGGCCAUGGAUGCACGGCUGCUCCUGCAGCUCCAGGACCGGCAGCACUUUGUGGAGAACGACGAGAUGUACUCCAUCCAGGACCUGCUGGACGCUCACACUGGCCGCCUGGGCUGCUCGCUCACAGAGACCCACACGCUCUUCGCCAAGCACAUCAAGCUGGACUGUGAGCGGUGCCAGGCCAAAGGCUUCGUGUGUGAGCUUUGCAGAGAGGGGGACGUGCUGUUCCCCUUCGACAGCCACACAUCGGUGUGCACAGACUGCUCUGCUGUCUUCCACAGGGACUGCUACUAUGACAACUCCACCACGUGCCCUAAGUGCGCCCGGAUCACGCUGCGGAAGCAGUCACUCUUCCAGGAGACGUGCCCAGAGGUGGACGCCUAGAACCACCCUCCCAGGUCCAUACGGCACCUGCUCCAUAGUCAAUGCCAAAGUCCAGGUGUUCCCAGCUCUCUGGAGAGAGACCCCAUUCUCUAGUGCCAGGAAUGGGGUUGUCUGGGCGCUCGCUGGGACUCAGGCCAUGCUGAGUGCCUCCUGUGACAGAGGGGAAUGGGGCGGGCUUCUCGUCUCAUGAGGACACUGCACAGCCCUGGCAUCCCCAGGGCAAC